AUUGCUCAUAGCUCGAAGUCAUGUCACUGUCGGCCAGGGAGCUAGGAAAAAUUAAUAAUGAAAUACAUGUUGUGUACUAAAAUCGUAGUAUACAUUAGCCUGUAUACUGAGUUUCCAACCAUUUUAUGAUAGUCAAAUAAUUUCUCCCAAAUCAUCUAUUUUAGAUUGUGUGGUACCAUCGACUCCAGUACACUAGAUGGCGUCUUAUGAAUAGUUUACAGUGAAGUUGAGAAGUCAUGAGAUUUAGAAGAAACUACGCGGGAUAAACAAAUGGCAGCAUGGAAACGAUUCAAGAGGUAAAAUGUUUGUUGACAAUUGAUACGAGUCAUACAGUUGAUAUAAGUAUCGGAUAGGUUACCUGGUCAAGUUUAAAUGACUCACUAAGUCGAAUUAUUUUGCAGGACAGCAUGACAAUACCUUUUGGGGCAAAACAUCUAGUUGCUGUGUUGAGUAUCCCCGCCAAUUCCAGUGAUGUGCAGACUGCUGUCAUCCUGACUCACGGGGCUGGUGGGGACAUGAACUUCAAACAUUUGGUUUCUCUUGCUCAUGCACUCUCAUCGAAUGGCCUGCUAUGUCUUCGCUUCACAUGUAAAGGUUUAAACCUGGUUUACAGAGUGAAGGCUUACCAUGCCGUUUGGGUAAGAAUAAUUUUUGAAAUCCAGAUUUGUGCAUGUUUCUUUCUAUAGACAUUGUGAAGAAAGAAUAGCGAGUCAUAAAAAGCCUUGUCUUUAGUUGGCUAUGAAAAUCUAAUCUAGUUUCUUCACUGAAUGCAAGUGUGCCAUUAAUGGAAAUAUCCUGUUUUAUUUUGCAGGAAUACUUGAAAAAUCUUGAGAAAUUCACAAUAAGAAACAUAUUUCUUGGUGGUAAGCAAUCAAAACUAUUUUAUAACCUCAAUUAAAUCUCAUAAUUGGCCUUAUGUAUUUCCCAGUGAUAAUGAGCCAUGCUAGGGGUUUAUGCUUACAUAACAAAUACAAUUGCAUAAUUAUGAAAGAUCCUUGCUCAAUGUUUAUCUGCACAUACAGUGCAUUCGGAAAGUAUUCAGACCCUUUUUUCCACAUUUUGUUACAUUAGUCUUAUUCUAAAAUUUAUUAAAUUAUUAUUUUUCCUCAUCAAUCUACAUACAAUACCCCAUAAUAACAAAGUGAAAACAGUUUUUUAGAAUCCUUUGCAAAUGUAUUACAAACAAAAAAACAGAAACCUUAUUUACUUAAGUAUUCAGACCCUUUGCUAUGAGAUUUGAAAUUGAGCUCAAGUGCAUCCUGUUUCCAUUGAUCAUCCUUGAGAUGUUUCUACAGCUUGAUUGGAGUCCACCUGUGAUACAUUCAAUUGAUUGGACAUGAUUUGGAAAGGCACACACCUGUCUAUAUAAGGUCCCACAGUUGACAGUGCAUAUCAGAUCAAAAACCAAGCCAUGAGGUCGAAGGAAUUGUCCGUAGAGCUCCAAGACAGGAUUGUGUUGAGGCACAGAUCUGGAGAAGGUUAGCAAAAAUGUCUGCAGUAUUGAAGGUCCCCAAGAGCACAGUGGCCUCCAUCAUUCUUAAAUGGAGGAAGUUUGGAACCACCAAGACUCUUCCAAGAGCUGGCCGUCCGGCCAAACUGAGCAAUCGGGGGAGAAGGGCCUUGGUCAGGAAGGUGACCAAGAUCCCGAUGGUCACUCUGACAGAGCUCCAGAGUUCCUCUGUGGAGAUGGGAGAACCUUCCAGAAGGACAACCAUCUUUGCAGCACUCCACCAAUCAGGCUUUUAUGGUAGUGUGUCCAGACGGAAGCCACUCCUCAGUAAAAUGCACAUGACAGCCCUCUUGGAGUUUGCCAAAAGGCACCUAAAGACUCUCGGACCAUGAGAAACAAGAUUCUCUGGUCUGAUGAAACCAAGAUUGAACUCUUUGGCCUGAAUGCCAAGCGUCACGUCUGGAGGAAACCUGGCACCAUCACUACGGUGAAGCAUGGUGGUGGCAGCAUCGUGCUGUGGGGAUGUUUUUCAGUGGCAGGAACUGGGAGACUAGUCAGGAUCAAGGGAAAGAUUAACUUAGCAAAGUACAGGGAGAAACUUGAUGAAAACCUGCUCCAGAGCACUCAUGACCUCAGAAUGGGGCGAAGGUUCACCUUCCAACAGGACAACAACCCUAAGCACACUGCCAAGACAACGCAGGAGUGGCUUCAGGACAAGUCUCUGAAUGUCAUUGAGUGGCCCAGCCAGAGCCCAGACUUGAACCCGAUUGAACAUCUCUGGAGAGACCUGAAAAUAGCUGUGCAGCGACGCUCCCCAUCCAACCUGACAGACCUUGAGAGGAUCUGCAGAGAAGAAUGGGAGAAACUCACCAAAUACAGGUGUGCCAAGCUUGUAGCGUCAUACCCAAGAAGACUUGAGGCUGUAAUCGCUGACAAAGGUGCUUCAACAAAGUACUGAGUAAAGGGUCUGAAUACUUUUUGCUGAAAUCUCUAUAAAACGGUCUUUGCUUUGUCAUAAUGGGGUAUUGUGUGUAGAUUGAUGAGGAAAAAAAUAACAAUUUAAUCAAUUUUAGAAUAAGGCUGUAACGUAACAAAAUGUGGAAAAAAUGGUCAAGGGGUCUGAAAACUUUCCAAAUGCACUGUAGCUCUCUACUGUAUCUCCAACCCCUUGCCCAGACAGUGGCCCUCCUCACCAGGGUCCUCAUUAGCUUCUAUACCAAUGAUUUAUAUAUACACUAGAUGUCUCUCAAUGGCCAAUAAAUAGCAUCUGCAAUCCAGGGUAUAUAUUCAUAAUUGUUCUAUACCCACAGUCAUAAAUCACACCUAUUUUUAAAAUGUAUCUUAUUAAAAUUUGAUUUUAAACCUAACCUUAACCACACUGCUAACCUUAAAUACUUUUUUUUUUGUUGCCAAUUUUGACUUUGUGGCUGUGGAAUCUGACUUUGUGGCUAUAGAAGCUAGUGGAAACCCCUCACCAGGGAAAUAUUCUGAGUAUUGGUGGUUACUGGGGCCAUUAGUAUUGAGCAGUGUUAAUUGAUCCAUAAACUAGUUAUUCUUAAGCAAUCACUUCCAAGACAGAUAUAAUACUCACUGUGUACCCUCCACUUCAGGCCGUUCUAUGGGGUCUCGUGCUGCCUCUUCCCUGGCCAGGCAGCUCAGUGGUGGCUCAGAGGAUGCAGUGCAGGGACUGGUCUGUCUGUCCUUUCCCCUACACCCUCCAGGACUGACACACACCCAUCGCCAGCGGAGUGAGGACCUCAGGGGGCUGCCCAAGGAGGUGCCUGUGCUGUUUCUGUCUGGUACUGCAGACAACAUGUGUGAGAAGGUGAGAAUGGUGAUGGGUGUCUGGACAAUGCAUUCACAGAAACCAUUCAAGUUUGCACAUGCACAUCUCCAUUUUUUUUAUUAUGCAUGUGCUUUACUUCAAACUGAUUACGUCUCUUCCUUAUAAUGAAACCAUUAAAGUUUGCACAUUCAUCUCUCUUUUUUGAUUGUGUAUGUUAUUUUAUUAUUUCAAACUGAUGGGCUGGAAGAAACAUUAUUUCUGGUCCCAAUUUUGUUUUGCACUGAUAAUUCUUCCUGUGUCCAGAUCCUUCUGGAUGAUGUGUUAAAGGAGAUGAAGUCUCCAGUGACUGUUCACUGGAUUGAAGGAGGCAGCCAUGGGCUUACAGUGAAGGGAAGGGCUGAGGAGUCUGUGAUGGAUGAAGUCAACGCGCAUGUCAUAUCAUGGAUUUUGGAACAUACUUGAAGCUACCUGACUCUUGCUAUGCUCAACUUUUUUUUUUUUUAGCUCCACACAUUCUGUAUAAUUUUGUCAUUCAGUUUGAUGAAUUCAUGUGUUUAUGUUGGUGUGGUUAUGAUGUGGAUUAAAUCUAUACUUUUAUAAUACCAGAGAUAGUAUUUGUUUUAUUUUGGGUAAGGUAUUGGCAAUGAAUAAUACAGCCUGCUGGUUGCUUCUCUGAAACAGAGCUGUGUGCCGAGCUGCAACUGUACCUUUAAAGCCUGGUGAUGACGUUUCUAUUUCCUUGAUUCUAAUUGGCUAGCUUUAACUUCCUUGGUUUGCGUUGAAAUGGAAGCGAGCAUGGCUGAAGAACCGUGGAAUAAAGUAAACAUUCCCUUUCCAAGUGCGGUUUCAACUGUCCAUAUACCAUUCGGUCUCUCAACAGGUAUGUAGUUUAUCAAAUUUCUGCAUAAACUUUUUGGCGCGUCCUUUUGCUGUGUAAUAAGAGCCACAUUAGCUAACGGAAACUAGCCCUGCUGCAGACUACAUCAAGCUACGGUACACACGUGGGGAGUGUUCUGACUUAUGCCAGAGAAAAUUGCUCUUGGUCUUGCUCUGUAAAAGUUAGGCUAACUAGAUAAAAACUAUUUACAUCACAAAUGUGCGGUGUUUGUUUACUGCUUUUUCAUGCGUGUGUGUACUGUGCAUUGUAUCCUUGUAAUAGGUACAUAUGUAAAACGUGUCCUGGAGGAAAAUGAGAAAGUGCUCAAGUUGCUUGGCAGUCGAGUCCUGCAGACUGAGAUCCGUGUCCUGUACGAGCUUCUCUAUGUUCUCAAUAACAGUCUCCGGCAACACAAGCCUUUCAGGAUUCUCAAACAGGUGAGUAUCAAGAAAAAGGCCUACAUUACCUGACCAUUUAUUAUUGUUAUUUUUACCAACCUAGUAACUAAGUUAUAGCCUAUUAUGAAAUAACUUUACAAAAUAUUGUAUUUUCAGACCAUUAUUACUAGGCUACUGUUCCAGCUGAUAGGCCUUAUUAGUUAUGUAAUGUUAAGCGUAGCACAGAGAAUGUUCAAUGAGAUCAGAUUUGGAAUAGACAAGUUUGCGGCGUGCACAUUGUUGGAUUACUUCAGGGAGAAAAAAUAUAUUUAAUAUAAUAAUGGAGCAUUUUCUAAAUUCAAUCAAACCCCCUGCAACCAGACGUGGACGUUUAGAAGAUUUGUGUUGACUUCCAAGUUGGGAAUUGAGUAUCACCAAUUAAAAAGUAACUUUCAUGAUUUAAAAAAUAUAAUCAUCAUCGAAAAGCAUAUGUUUUAGGCUUAGUUAUAGUGAAACAAGUCAAAUCUGGUCUUAUAACAGUUCGUUGCAAAAGUGAUAUUUUGGUAUUUUAGUAGUAAAUCUAGCUCUUUUUGAGCCUAUUGGUUCAAUUCUACCAUUGAAGUCGUGAUGUAGAGGCCUUUAUGUCAUCUCAAAGGAGCGGUUCGGUAUGAAAUACACUCCCUUCUAGAUGUGCUGGGUGGUACCACCUCAAGGCUUACUAUAAAAGCAGGUGACGGUGUGCCUUAUUUGACAAUGGUCUUGACUAGACUACUGAUAUUACACACAAUUCAAAAGGUAGUAAGGCAUUUCCGCAUUUGACCAAAUUCAAUGUUUUUGCUUACUGUUUCAUACACAUCUAUAUUGCUUUUACGAAAGAAAGAAAACAUGUAGGCAAUGAGGAUUAUACGUUUUAUAUUCGUAGCUAUAUCCAUUGUAACAAGAAGUAGAUGUCAACCUGUUGUAUUUUGUCCUCAACUGUUAUGACUGAUUGGUGGCGCAGUCUGCUAAAACUGUUGGCUCAUAGUUCAAUGGUUGUGAGUUCUAAUACCACAUCGGGCAUAUAAAUCCUUUAUUUACAAUAUUCAUCCUGUGUCCACACACUUCUAAUUCUGAAAAGUGAAAGCAUAGGCCUACCUGUGAGAGGGCUUGCCCCUGGUAGUAGUUGCUACCAGCUCUCACGUCAGAAUUAGACGUUAAACAUCCAUGUUUCUCAAACGUCAAAUUUCGAAGUCUUUUAAGGUUAAGUUUAGGCAUUAACUACAAAUUCUCAAGGUUAGGCAUUAACUGCAAAUGGUUAAGGUAAGGGUUAAGGUUUGAGAUAUGCUUAAAAAAAAAGAAUAUCAAAGCAACGUUCUGUCGCUGGAUUCGAACUUGCAACCUUUGGAAUUGGAGGCAGGUGCUUACACCCAUCCCGUCCACAAAACCCUAGCAAAACUGAAAGCUCACUGUUGCCCGUAGUGGCUGGUUUCCACGUCAUCUCCUGACGUCCUCAGACAUGGAUGGACAUCGAAUACUGACAUUACCCAAGAGUUAAUUUGACCAUUGGAAAAAGAGCUACUGCUUAAAUGCUACAAAGUGACAUGGAUUGAAUUGAGCCCCUAAUCUUAAUUUUCGAGGCAAUUAUUGCACUUUUCUCCCCAACACAAUACUGCAAUAAAUGUGAAUCCACAUUUCAAAGAUUAUUUUGGCAGCGCAUGGGGGAUUCAAACUUACACCGCAAGUGGCAAUAGAUGUCAGGAAUUCGGCGCCUUACCACUGUGAGCUAACUGUCCAGAGCUGUACUUGUUCGUGAUGCACAGAAUAUUAUCAGAGCAUGCCCAAAGAUGUUCAUAACUAAUCCAAUGGGAACAAAUGUUUCCAAUGCAAACAAAUUAGUAAUAAUGGGCAGAACAAGCAAGGAGGGGGGCAGAGCCAAGAACGAGCUAGCGAGAUCCUAUUUGCUCAUUCUAGCAUGUAUUUGCAUAUUUCUGUUAGGGAACGCCUACUUUGGGAAGUGCGUGUGUGCAAAAACUCAAUUCGCCCUUGCACUCCUUCUAAACAACACCAUUUUUGGAAGCUUUGGCAAAGGGUAAAGUCUACAAAACUUAGUCCACUCUGUUCGUAACAUAUUUUAGUUUUGGGAACAGAGAACUGUAUUGAGAUCAAAUGUUUCAUCGAUGUGAACAUUUGCAGAAUGUCGGACAAAAUCCAUCUCGUUCCAUCUUCUCCCAUUGCCGGCCACUGAGCUUCCGCUCACCACCAUAUUUGGUAGUGAGUGGAAACGCCAAGCGGAUGCUUCACAUUUAUACAUCCGGUGGAAUACAGUAUCUGUCUCAUUGUUCUAUUUGUGGUGUGCCAGUGGACUUCUGGUACGUAUACUUUAGUGAGAAAGUGUUGGGAUCAGGUACAACGAUGUUUACCCACCCCUAAAAUGAAUAUUUAUGAGCAAUUCCCCCCACCCACAACUUCUCAUCUGAAUGCAUAUUUUUUUACAAUUUGAAAGGGUUGGGCAAAGGUUGAAAUUGGGGUUGAGAGUAGGGCUGUUGCGGUGACUGUAUUACCGCCACACUGGCAUUCACAAGUCAUGACCCCAGUAAAAUUCCAUGUGACUGUUGAGUCACGGUAAUCUUCUCUUAUGCACUCUGGACAUGCUUUGAUAGUACCCAACUUGCUAAUGACUAUCAGGUCGCUAGUGGCCUGGUACUCAGGGCUCUAUUGUCCCUCUAACCACUCUGACAUCAAUGCAAAUGAAAUCAAAAAUCACAUCAAACCCUUAUCAUCAAAACCGUAUCCUGCUUUUAAAACUCACCUCACUAUGAUGAUCAAUUUGAAGAAGGAAGUUCAACAGCAGGUUGAAACCGAGUGUAAACCAUGGUCAUUGUGGAUGUUGUUUCAAAGCCUAACACAUCGAAAUGGACAGCGCAUUCGAAGGUGAUGACUAAUUCAAAACACCCAUACACAUAUUAGAGCUUACGCAUGCGCAUAGGCUUAUGAGCCAAAGCCCCCCCCCCAAAAAAACUGAAUAGAAAUAGCCUACUACAUAUUACGCAUGGCAGAAAAACAUCAAACAAAACUGAUUUAAGAUGUCUUUGGUACAUAAUUGGUCUAUCUUAUAUUCCAAAAUUAAACAAAUUAGAGUAAUCGCCUUUGAGUGUGGACUAUAUUAUUAUGCAUACUGGAUGGACUGGUUACCUUAUGCUACGCUCCAAAAUGUCUAUCCAUGAGUCUGGGAAAGAACGUAUAGCCGUAGGCGAUGCUGUUGGUUCAUUGAUUGUGCAGGGCGGCUUACAGGUAGCUUACGAUUAUAGUGAAUGUCUAUUUGAUUUUGAAUAGCCUAGUAAUAGUGAUUUAUUUUCAUAAUUAAUUGGGUGGCACAUUACCUUUAGCUAUACAGAAUAUCUCACCACCAUGCUUUCCAUCUCCUCCUCUCUCUUCUUUAUUCAUUUCUCAAGCGUGCAGUGUCUCGAGCGUGCAGACGGGCUGUUACUAUCGAUGUUCCCGAACUCAUUUCACUUGGUUUCACAAAUGUAAGCAAUGGAUAACUGUAGGAACAGGGUUGGAGAGCCCAUGGCAUACAGUGUUUUUACAUGUAGUUUUUUCCUCUGUUCCUGCCCAUUUGAUAAUGGGCCAUUCUAAAUCUGAGAAUAAUCUGAUGGGUGAAAAUAUGAUCACUUGAGAGAACAGCUGUGCAGCCUGAGGCAAGGACAGAGUGCAAGCUUUUUUUGUGACUUUCUCAAAUCAUCAAUAACCUAUAGUUGCAUCAUGCAGCCCAUACAGUGGGGAAAAAAAGUAUUUAGUCAGCCACCAAUUGUGCAAGUUCUCCCACUUAAAAAGAUGAGAGCCCUGUAAUUUAUCAUAGGUACACGUCAACUAUGACAGACAAAUUGAAGGGAAAAAAUCCAGAAAAUCACAUUGUAGGAUUUUUAAUGAAUUUAUUUGCAAAUUAUGGUAGAAAAUAAGUAUUUGGUCACCUACAAACAAGCAAGAUUUCUGGCUCUCACAGACCUGUAACUUCUUCUUUAAGAGGCUCCUCUGUCCUCCACUCGUUACCUGUAUUAAUGGCACCUGUUUGAACUUAUCAGUAUAAAAGACACCUGUCCACAACCUCAAACAGUCACACUCCAAACUCCACUAUGGCCAAGACCAAAGAGCUGUCAAAGGACACCAGAAACUAAAUUGUAGACCUGCACCAGGCUGGGAAGACUGAAUCUGCAAUAGGUAAGCAGCUUGGUUUGAAUAAAUCAACUGUGGGAGCAAUUAUUAGGAAAUGGAAGACAUACAAGACCACUGAUAAUCUCCCUCGAUCUGGGGCUCCACGCAAGAUCUCACCCUGUGGGGUCAAAAUGAUCACAAGAUCGGUGAGCAAAAAUCCCAGAACCAUACGGGGGGACCUAGUGAAUGACCUGCAGAGAGCUGGGACCAAAGUAACAAAGCCUACCAUCAGUAACACACUACGCCGCCAGGGACUCAAAUCCUGCAGUGCCAGACGUGUCCCCCUGCUUAAGCCAGUACAUGUCCAGGCCCGUCUGAAGUUUGCUAGAGUGCAUUUGGAUGAUCCAGAAGAGGAUUGGGAGAAUGUCAUAUGGUCAGAUGAAACCAAAAUAGAACUUUUUGGUAAAAACUCAACUCGUCGUGUUUGGAGGACAAAGAAUGCUGAGUUGCAUCCAAAGAACGCCAUACCUACUGUGAAGCAUGGGGGUGGAAACAUCAUGCUUUGGGGCUGUUUUUCUGCAAAGGGACCAGGACGACUGAUCCGUGUAAAGGAAAGAAUGAAUGGGGCCAUGUAUCGUGAGAUUUUGAGUGAAAACCUCCUUCCAUCAGCAAGGGCAUUGAAGAUGAAACGUGGCUGGGUCUUUCAGCAUGACAAUGAUCCCAAACACACCGCCCGGGCAACGAAGGAGUGGCUUCGUAAGAAGCAUUUCAAGGUCCUGGAGUGGCCUAGCCAGUCUCCAGAUCUCAACCCCAUAGAAAAUCUUGGGAGGGAGUUGAAAGUCCGUGUUGCCCAGCGACAGCCCCAAAACAUCACUGCUCUAGAGGAGAUCUGCAUGGAGGAAUGGGCCAAAAUACCAGCAACAGUGUGUGAAAACCUUGUGAAGACUUACAGAAAACGUUUGACCUGUGUCAUUGCCAACAAAGGGUAUAUAACAAAGUAUUGAGAAACUUUUGUUAUUGACCAAAUACUUAUUUUCCACCAUAAUUUGCAAAUAAAUUCAUAAAAAAUCCUACAAUGUGAUUGUCUGGAUUUAUUUUUCUAAUUUUGUCUGUCAUAGUUGGCGUGUACCUAUGAUGAAAAUUACAGGCCUCUAUCUUUUUAAGUGGGAGAACUUGCACAAUUGGUGGCUGACUAAAUACUUUUUUCCCCCACUGUAUGUUUUGAUUUCUAAGACUUUCUAAGGUUUGUAUCAUUCACAACUAAAGCUGCCAAAACUAACUCUAGCGUAUAGGACCUGUUUCAAAUUAUCACUUUUAUGCUCAACAAAGCCACUUCAUAUUCAGACUCGCUCCAGAAUGGGAAAAAUAUCCUUUCUAUUUUAUUCAACUAAGUUCAAUUAUAUUCCUCUUACUAUAAAAUCAUAUACUGAACAAUAAUAUAUACCCAACAUGUAAAGUGUUUCAUGAGCUGAAAUAAAAGAUCCCAGAAUUUUUCCAUACGCACAAAAAGUUUGUUUACAUUCCUGUUAGUGAACGUUUCUCCUUUGCGAAGAUAAUCCAUCCACCUGACAGGUGUGGCAUAUCAAGAAGCUGAUUAAACAGCAUGAUCGUUACACAGGGGCACUUUGUGCUGGGGACAAUAAAAGGCCACUCUAAAAUGUGCAGUUUUGUCACACAACACAAUUGGCAUGCUGACUGCAGGAAUGUCCACCAGAGCUGUUGCCAGAGAAUUUAUUGUUAAUUUCUCUACCAUAACCUGCCUCCAACGUCGUUUUAGAGAAUUUGGCAGUACGUCAAACCGGCCUGAAAACUGCAGACCACGUGUAACCACACCAGGCCAGGACCUCCACAUCCGGCUUCUUCUCCUGCGGGAUCGUCUGUAAUUUCUGUCCGUAAUAAAGCCCUUUUGUGGCUCCCCAGUGGGUGGGCCUAUGUCUUCCCAGGCCCACCCUUGGCUGCGCUCCUGCCCAGUCAUGUGAAAUCCAUAGAUGAGGGCCUAAUUAAUUUAUUUCAAUUGACUGAUUUCCUUUAUAUGAACUGUAACUCAAUAAAAUCGUUGAAAUUGUUGCAUGUUGCGUUAAAAAUUUUUGUUCAGUAUAAAAUAAUGGCACAGGACUUAUAAUCAUAUCUUGUCAGCUAAAUGAACAAGCCUAUAGCCUAUGCCAUACAGCAUAGCCAUAUAACAUACAGUAGGCCAACUCAUAUUCUGUUCUUCAGAAAUACAUUUUCUUCAUAUCAUGUUUCUUUAGGCAUUAACUCCAAAUAAUGGAUUUAUUGUGAUGGUGUAUAUUCAAUUUAUUUAUUCCACUUUUUUAAAAUGUAGAUGUUCCAAAGGCACCCAUCAGCGGUGUGGAGGCCGGGGGAUGAUAAAUGUGUUUAUGUUAAUUAAUGGUAAAUUACCGUGAGACCGGCAUGACAAUAACCGGCUGACAAUUUUGUGACUGCCACAGCCCUAGUUGAGAGUUACCCUUUAAAGGUUGUUUGAAAAUGCUCUGUGCUACACUUACAUUACCUACCUAAUGACACCUAUCAGCAGCUGGAACAGUAAUAAUGGUCUGACUAGGCAAUAUUGUUAAUAGCUAAUUAGGAUACAGUUUAGAAAAGAUCCACGUUGGAAGAAUCAAGAUCACCAGUGUGCUGGGUGUUUUUCUCUUUUUCAGGCUACAGUGAGAUGAGACCAAUUGUUAUUGAUUGAUGUAGAGCAGGGGUGUCAAUGUUUUUUUUAUAUUAUGUUUUUGUGUGUAGGAAAACAAACUCAAUAUACUUUAAAAUGACUAAAACUAAAUCGGAACUGUGCAGAAAUGAUAAUUGACCUACAUUAAUACAGUUUCUUGACUGUGUCCAGCUUGCUAAUAAUCACUGAAAUGAAAGGUAGACAUUUAGGGAGCAUCGGAAAUUCCCAAAAAAGAUGGACUGAAUUUUGACGGCAAGGAAAUGUAACAGAUUUUCAGUUAGGCCCUCCGGCCUCUAGGCAGGGCUGCCAGGUUAAUCUGAACUAUAGAAGUGAUUGAUUGUGUAUGGGUAAGACAUGUUUUUUUCAGAAAACAUUAUUGUGAAAUUGUGUUAAUACAAGUCACAUAGCUCUAAAAUAAUGUUAUUUUCAACUACAGUAUAAAAAUAGCUUUUUGUCAAUUCAUGUGUGGCUGCAGCCUGAUGUCCCAGUCAUCCAUCCCUCUGGAGCAAGAUGGAAAGGAAAGAGAGAGGGGAGAUCCAUCAUCAAGAGUUUUUUAUUCUACUAUUAAUCAAUCACUACUAUUCUAAUUUGUUAGUCAGUAAUGGAGUUAAUCGGUUCAUCUCUGCGUGACACUCUCUCCUCUGACUUCAACUUCCUGGCCAACGUUAGCUAGCUAGCUAGCUUGCUACAUACAGGGCUUGAGACUAACUUUUUUAAUCACCGUCCCGAAGUGUAAUUUAAUCCGUCCCAUACAUUUUAAAUAUCUAUAUUUAAAUAUAUAAUUAAUGUUUGACAAUAAUUUAUGAUAAUUAACGUCUAAAGGCUUGACAUACUCGAGGCUGUUCGUUCAGAUCAAAUGGUCAUGAGCGGAGGAAAGGCCAGUGCCCACAUUUUAUAGACACAAUCCUAGUCAUAUUAGCAACCCUUGCUAGUUGUUGCAUCUUUCUAAAUUUCUAAAGGAUAUUUUGAUCUCUGUCACAAGAAACCGCUCGCAUGUGCCUUGCGCUUUUUAGAACGCUCUUCCCUCUUAAUUGCGUUUUGGAGCGUUCGCGCGUAGUCUACUGCCGUGUGCGUAUUGCUGCGCAUAUAAUGUGAAGAAAUAAUAGUUUAUCAACAUUUUAAGCUAAACGUUCAGAUCCUUUGCAUUAGCCUCAUUGUGUCCCAGAACUGGCCCAGAGUCUGUUUGAACCAUCACGAUCAUAUUUUUUUAUCGUUGACGGGAUGCCCUUUAAUUUUGAGCCCUGGCUACAUACCCAGAGAGACGGUACAUCUUUCGAUCCUCUCUCCCUCUCUCUGAAACUGUUGGAUGAUUAUUUCUCAGUUUCUCUCUCUCGGUGUGAUGGGUCUAGUAUGCUAAUGAUUGGUAGGACUGGGGAAGGUCAGAAUACAAUGAAAUAGUAGGCAAACAAGAAUUAUGUAGCUAGCUAGUGCUAGUUAAUUUGUUUGUUGUUCUCACAUCACUUGUCAUGACUGCCUGCUGCAGCGCUCUCUCAACACCAGUGACUGUGCUCAACACACACACACCUCUGGCCCUCCCCCUCCCUCCCUCCCUCCCUCCCCACCACUCACUCACUCACUCACUCACUCACUCACUCAGCAACAGACUGCCUGAUAGUCAGCAGGAGCAGGUCACAGUGAGAUGUAUAUGUGUGUGUGUAGAUACAGUGCCUUCGGAAAGUAUUCAGACCCCUUGACUUUUUCCACAUUUUGUUAGGUUACAGCCUUAUUCUAAAAUUUAUUAAAUCGUUUUUUCCCCUCGUUUGAUCGGGUUCAAGUCCGGGCUCUGGCUGGGCAACUCAAGGACAUUGAGACUUGUCCCGAAGCCACUCCUGCGUUGUCUUGGCUGUGUGCUUAGGGUCGUUGUCUUGUUGGAAGGUGAACCUUCACCCCAUUCUGAGGUCAUGAGUGCUCUGGAGCAGGAUUUCAUUAAGGAUCUCUCUGUACUUUGCUCUGUUAAUCUUUUCCUCGAUCCUGACUAGUUUCCCAGUCCAUGCCACUGAAAAACAAUCAAUUUCCAGUCUCAUAGCAAAGGGUCUGAAUACUUAUGUAAAUAAGGUAUUUUUAAUUUUAUUUUUAUAUACACUACCAGUCAAAAGUUUGGACACAUCUACUCAUUCAAGGGUUUUUCUUUAUUUUUACAUUUCUUUACAUUGUAGAAUAAUAGUGAAGACAUCAAACUAUGAAAUAACACAUAUGGAAUCAUGUAGCAACCAAAAAAGUGUUAAACAAAUCAAAAUAUAUUUUAUGUUUGAGAUUCUUCAAAUAGCCACCCUUUGCCUUGAUGACAGCUUUGCACACUUGAGGGAAAAAUGAGUUUGACACCCCUGAUGUAGAGGGUUAUUGACUGAGUUUUGAAAAAACCCUGCAGGUUGAGCAAUGCAUAAACCGGUUGAAGGAAAUGAAGCUGGAUGCUGCUCUUCUGGACCUGAAGCAGCUAUGUCCAAAGAAAAUGCAAAGGUACUAACUAGCUAGAAAGUCUCUGCAUUUAGCUAUUAGCAAAUGGUUCUGUGCCAAUGCCCUUGGUGGCGUACUUAGCUGCAUCUAAUCACGCUGACACAGCACACUAGCAUCAAGAUCCAUGUAACUUGUUUUUGGGUCUAUGUGUAUUUGAUAGUCUACGGUGUAUUGGCUAACUGUAAUCUUGAUGUGUGUAUAUAUGUGUGCUUGUGUUUGCAGGCAGCUGGCUACGGAGACAGGUCAGUGUGAUGUCCCCAGUCAGCCCAUGCUGGAAUGGCUUUGUCUCAAGGUGUUGGGAGCUGCCAGGCUGAUGACGUGUCUGCUCAAUCACUGCACCAGAGCCUUCAUGUAUCCUCUUUCUCUCUCCUCUGGGAGACUUCAGCAGCUGUAUCUGUCUCCUUGCUUUUUUACCUCUCUUUUUUGCUUAACAGUGUCCUUCAGUUUUUUGAAAGGCGCUCUAAAUCCAAUGUAUUAUUAUUAUUAUUAUUACUAUAUAAAUGACUGUUGCUGUCGUUCCAGGUCAUAUUUUUUGCAGUUGCAUAUUGUAAGGUCUCACAACGCCUGGAGAAGUGUUUUAACUUGUCAGGAACCACAUUAAUACCUACUCAGCCAUCAACAUGUCUUAAGGCAUCCUGUGAUGACUUAAGACCAAUAUAAAUGAAGACGUCUCGAGACAAAAGUGAUGACUGGGUAUGUACGACAUGACAAUCUUCUGUAAUGUGCAGCAUGACUGCAAAAAAAGACAACCUGGAACGCAAAUUAUACAUGAACAUGAUGUGCAUGAUUGCCUUGACAAAUCUCUCCAGACUAGCGAGGCAGCACCUCCAAUCGAAGGAAUUCAUUCUGUUGAACGUGGUGUUCACCAGCAUGCUUAGUCGACUGUGGUGAGUCCCGUGGCUCUUUCAGGGUCAUGUCUGAAGUACUGCUUUUGAAUAAUAUGGAACAUGGUUCUUCUACCACAGACUUCCUAACUUUAAACCCCUCCACAAUUAAAGCAUCUAUCUUGAUUUAAUCCCACAGCCCCCCCCCUCAAACUUGUCCCUUCUUACUAGCUCUGACUUUGCUGAUAACUACUUUAUUGAGGAAAAAGUUUACUUACUAGGACUGUGAUAUGUGGUUGUCUCAUCUAGCUAUCUUAAGACGAAUGCACCAACUGUAAGUCGCUCUGGAUAAGAGUGUCUGCUAAAUGACUAAAAUGUAUCUAUCUGCUCCUCAGGGUGUUUUUCCGGGGCAUCCUGGGUAGCCUGGCCCCUCUCUACCAGCACCUCCUGGAGCUCCUGAAGGAGGUAUCCCAGGCUCAGGCUAUGGCCUUCCUCAUAGACUUCACCCUGCCAGCAGGGAUAGCUGAGUUCCUUGGGCCCUCCGACUCUUCCUUGCUGAAGAUGCAGCAUUCCCGGGCCCCUAGGGGCCUCGGAGAGAAAGGCGCCUCCAAGUCCUCUGUGCUCAAUAGACUGUUCAGAGAGGAGGGAGAGGAGGGUAGGAAGCAGGCUCUGGGUGGUCCCUCCAAUAGGAAGAGCAGCAAACUGGAUCUGGGAACUGCAGUCUUACUCCAGAGGACUGGUGAUACAGGUUAGUGUCAUCUGCCUCUGCAUUGCUUGCUUUUUGGGGUUUCAGGCUGGGUAUUUGUAAAGCACUUUGUAACAGCUGCUGAUGUAAAAAGGACUUUAUAAAAUAAAUUUGAUAGAUUGAUCUAUUUUUUUGCUCUCCUGGUAUAGCCUAUGUUCUGUUGUCUACAUUUGAACAUAUAAUAUAACAGCCAUAUAAUUCCCUUAUUACAGGUGCCGUCUCUGGAUUUGAUAUGAAGGCCUUGCUGAAACGAACCCAUGGCGGUAUCCCAGAGGUAUGUGUGGUUGUUUUUAUGUCAGAAUAUUAUACGGAUUACACAUUAAAAUCCACUACUUUUAAUUUUAGUUUGUUAUUUGAUGAUGAGUGUUGUUAUUUAUACUAGAUUGUUAUUUGAACUCUUUGUGCAGGUGUCAAUAGAAGAAGAGCAGCCUUCAUCACUGGAUGCUGCUGUGAUUGGUCAGAAGAGGAAGUUUCUGAAGCAACUGAAAACAGCCACCACUUUCAACAACAUGGCUGCCCACCUGGAGGAAGUGAUGCAAUGGUGUGAAUGCAGGAAGCUACGUCAGGAGAAGGGGCGCCUGACGUUCCUGCACCUGAAGUGCCAGAGGAUGAAACACCUGGAAUCAGAGGGCUGCAGGUACAGGGACUCUAUUGUACCGGGGCUUUUAAUAAUAUAAUCUAUUGCAACUAUCACAAUGGGAAAUAUUUUUCACACCUUGUCCAAACUAAAACUUCCAGUCACAUUAAUUGAUGGGAACCUAUGUGUUUGUUCUUGGUCUCCCCAGUGUACAAGGGAAACUGAAGAGCUACAAACGAGAGGUUUGCUGGGCCCUGUCACUCAGAGGGGCAGUACCCAGGACCUGUCAGUCGCUAAAGACGCUGUGGAGGAGGGCUCACCCUAGAAUUCGCUUUCAGCCAUUCAGGACUCUAUUUGAACCAAUCAGGACUGCAGUCUGUGUCAACAGAAAACAGUCACUAAGACACAAGAGAAGAAGGAGGAGGAGUACUUUACCAGACUCACCGGGGGGUGUGGCCACGAUGACUGACGACCAGUCCCUGAGCAAUGAGCAUAGCAACCAAAGUAGAGACCCUCCUGACACUCCAGCUCAGAAACCCUUGGGUGUGAACGAGACUGACAUUGAUGACAUUUUUGCCUUCAUAGGUUUCUAAGACUCCAAAACCCUGGCCUAUGGGUUAAAAGGGGUUCUCAGCUUUCAUGAUUUAAACAAAUAAAUCCACACAAGGUUUUCUUGGUUGCAUGUGUUUCAUCUCUGACAUCAAGUUACAAUUUUUCAGUGGUGUUUGCUAGACAUACAUUAGUCGCUUGCCUUAAGUUUUUCUUAAAGUAGCCUAUUAUUAAAAGGUUUUAGAAACAUGGUAUUAAGCCUAUGCAAACCCCCUUAGUCUGUGUGCAGUAUUCACUUUUCUAUCAAAUUAUAUUUGGCAUUUACAGGAAAACUGCUAAUAAAGUGCUAACAAAUAAA